CAAUAAUAUGCGCAUCGUUCAGAAGGUACUGAGAAGUCGGCAAUAUUUUGUGUGUAGGGUGAGCUUUCAGUCAGCACUUUGCUUAUGUGCAGUUUCUUUUCCACGAUUGAGGUGGCGAUGAGGUAAAAUGGUGUCACCGCGACUUGACUCGACACCGUCUGAGAAGAACAUUGGCAACACAGUCUCCUAAACAAUACGAUAUGGGGACUUUUAAGAAGUCGUAAUUUCUUCAUCGAUUUGAACUUAUGACGAUUACAAAGAACACCAAGGGAAACAGACUAGUUUGUAAUAUUGUCAAAUGCUACACGCAGACUUGAGAUAUGUCCUGAAGACAGCCUAGAGCAUGACAGCCCUGAUGCAGACCCUUGUCUCGAGAACAACUGCUCGUAUUUGAGACAAUUCAACACUUUGAAAAUAUUGAUCAUUAUGUAACUCUGACAGGCAUUAAAUAGUGUUCUGUCAUAACAACGCUGCAACCAAAGACCCACCCCAGAGACAGGAGAUAUAAUACCUAGGUGUACCAGUUGUCCCUGACUAGAUACUGUCUAAAUCACAUGUGUAAAUGAAGUGAACACUAUCAGUGAGUGCAAAUGUCUCGGAAGACCAACAAGGCCCAAGAUAAUUCAGUUGCAGCAGAACGACUAGCUGACUACAGAGGGGAGAGUGUCAUCCCCAUCAUGUCCACCCACGGAACCGGCUCCGAUUCACCAGACUUGGAAAGUCACCGCCAGGCACAGUACACUCAUGAUGGCUGUGACGACGUAGUCGCACCAAUGGACAAUGUUUCUAUCAGAGAACAAUUUCAAGCCAAAGAAAUUCCUAAGGAAAAGAAGGGGAGCCAGGGCUCCAUAGCUGUGGAGCCAGCAAACCCCAAGAAGCAGGUCAUGGUGAUCACGGGACAGAACAAAGCCAAGCCCACUGUCCCAGCUCGGCCCUCUGUCAAGGCAGAUCUGGAUAUUGCCAAAGAAUUCAAGAAGUGCAAGGAAGAGGGAGCAAAGAGGCUUGAUCUAAGCAAAUCUCAGAUCUCUGCCUUGCCCAGCAGCGUGAAAGAUUUGACUCAGCUAGUCGAGGUGUAUCUCUAUGGCAACCGUCUGACUGUGCUUCCGCCAGAGAUUGGUAAUCUAACAAACCUCCAGACGUUGGCCUUGAGUGAGAAUUCCAUCACCAGUCUGCCGGACUCGCUGGAGUACCUACGUGACCUGCGUGUCCUGGAUCUCAGACAUAAUAAACUGCAGGAGAUACCCAAAGUGGUGUACAAGCUGCACUCGGUGACGACGCUGUUCCUCCGCUACAACAGAAUCAAGCAUGUGGAAGAAGAGAUCAGUCAGCUGACUAAAUUAACCAAGUUUAGUUUAAGAGAAAACAGGAUUCGAGACUUGCCUCAGGGGAUUGGUCAGCUUGAGAACCUGGUGACCUUUGACAUUUCCCACAAUCACCUGGAGCACCUACCUGAGGAAAUUUGUCACUGUACAAAUCUGAACUCCCUAGAUCUGCAGCACAACGAGCUGCUGGACAUCCCUGAGAGGAUUGGGAAGCUGCGACUCCUCACACGACUCGGGUUGAGGUACAACCGACUGACCACCAUUCCCCGGUCUCUGGCCCACUGUGUACACAUGGAUGAGUUCAAUAUUGAGGGCAACAACAUAUCAGGCUUACCAGAGGGGUUGCUGUCUAGUCUGACGAACCUGACGAGCAUCACGCUGUCCAGGAACGCGUUGCAGUCAUACCCAUCGGGGGGGCCAUCGCAGUUCUGUUCAGUUUAUGCAAUCAACAUGGAGCACAACCAGAUAAACAAGAUUCAGUUCGGCAUCUUCUCCCGCGCCACUUCUCUGACCAAGCUGAACAUGAAAGACAAUCAACUCACAUCUCUCCCACUAGACCUGGGAACAUGGACAAACAUGGUGGAGUUGAACUUGGGCACCAACCAGCUGUCAAAGAUUCCUGACGACAUCCAGAACCUGCAGAAACUCGAGGUCCUCAUUCUCAGCAACAACUGUCUGAGGAGAUUGACAUCAACCAUUGGAAACCUCCACAAGCUGCGGGUAUUGGACCUCGAGGAGAACAGACUGGAACAGCUGCCUCCUGAAAUAGGAAACCUGCGUGAUCUCCAGCGACUCAUUGUGCAGUCCAAUCAGUUGACGUGUCUGCCGCGGACACUCGGGUUCUUGAAGAACCUGCAGUAUCUUGGCUCUGGAGAAAACAACCUGACAUCCUUGCCCAAUGAAAUAGGUACAUUAGAGAGUUUAGAAUCUUUGUACAUAAAUGACAACCCCGAGUUACACAGUCUGCCGUAUGACCUGGCCUACUGUGCCAACCUGCAGAUUAUGAGCAUCGAGAACUGCCCCCUCAGUCAGAUCCCAGCGGAAAUUGUCGCCAGAGGACCCUCUCUUGUAAUACAGUACCUGAAGCUGCAGGGCCCGUACUGCCCCUAACAUGGCUGCCGGUGGAGAAGCGGCCAGAUGGGGCGAGAGCCUGUUGCUGACUGUGUAUACCCCAGGGGCAUUUCAAUAUUGACUGCAGACCAACACCGCUGGUUGGUCCUAUACCCAAAGCUUAUGUUUCACGUUGGCAAGACUCUCCAGGAAAUGUGAAGAAUUCUGUGAUUAUUUCCCCUUGGAAAGUGCAAAUUGUCUCCCUUGGACCAGUGUUGACUUGGCUGUGUCGGCGGCAGGCUUGGGUGUUGUUCCCAUAAUGACAUGUAGAACUUGCUAACCAAAAUAUCAGUUGUUUAAUGAGGACACAGGGUCUGCGAGAGCUCGCUCAGUGCGGAUGGUGGGACGAGGUGGAUGGUGGGGCGAGGUGGAUGGUGGGACGAGGUGGAUGGAAGGGGCGUGUGUUGAUCGAAGGGGCGUGUGUUGAUGGCUCACUUGUACAGUCCCCUCCAGUUGACAGCAUAUUAUCUUCUAAAGUAUUACACCAUGUCUCUGUCUAAGGCUGUAAAGACUCGCCCAGGUAGCCAUGCACUGACAGGCUGUGUGCCGCGUUAUGACACUUGUAUCGGAGACUGUGCAACGGUAUGAUACUUGUAUCGGAGACUGUGCCGUGUUAUGAUACUUGUAUCGGAGACUGUGCCGCGUUAUGACACUUGUAUCGGAGACUGUGCAACGGUAUGAUACUUGUAUCAGAGACUGUGCCGCGUUAUGAUACUUGUAUCGGAGACUGUGCCACGGUAUGACACUUGUAUCGGAGACUGUGCCGCGUUAUGAUACUUGUAUCGGAGACUGUGCCACGGUAUGACACUUGUAUCGGAGACUGUGCCGCGUUAUGAUACUUGUAUCGGAGACUGUGCCACGGUCUGAUACUUGUAUCAGAGACUGUGCCGCGUUAUGAUACUUGUAUCGGAGACUGUGCCGCGUUGUGAUAUUUGUAUCGGAGACUGUGCCAUAGUAUGGUACUUGUAUCGUCAGACUGUGCCACGGUAUGAUACUUGUAUCGUGAGACUGUGCCACGGUAUGAUACUUGUAUCGGAGACUAUGCCAUGGUACGACACUUGUAUCGGAGACUGUGCCACGGUAUGACACUUGUAUCGGAGACUGUGCCACGGUAUGAUACUUGUAUCGGAGACUGUACAAUAGUAUGGUACUUGUAUCGUGAGACUGUACCAUGGUAUGGUACUUGUAUCGUGAGACUGUGCUACGGUAUGAUACUUGUAUCGGAGACUGUGCUACGGUAUGAUACUUGUAUCGUGAGACUGUGUGCCACGGUAUGAUACUUGUAUAGGAGACUGUACCAAAGUAUGGUACUUGUAUCGUGAGACUGUAUCAUAGUAUGGUACUUGUAUCGUGAAACUGUACCAUAGUAUGGUACUUGUAUCGUGAGACUGUACCAUGGCAUGAUACUUGUAUCGUGAGACUGUGUGCCAUGGUAUGAUACUUGUAUCCGAGAUUGGGCCACGGUAUGAUACUUGUAUCGUGAGACUGUACCAUGGCAUGGUACUUGUAUCGUGAGGCUGUGUGCCAAGGUAUGAUACUUGUAUCGUGAGACUGUACCAUGGUAUGAUACUUGUAUCGUGAGACUGUACUAUGGUAUGAUACUUGUAUCAUGAGACUGUGUGCCACGGUAUGAUACUUGUAUCGUGAGACUGUGUGCCACGGUAUGAUACUUGUAUCGGACACUGUGUGCCACGGUAUGGUACUUGUAUCGGAGACUGUGUGCCACGGUAUGGUACUUGUAUCGUGAGACUGUGACACGGUAUGACACUUGUAUCGUGAGGUUAUGUACCCACACAAGACAAUGUAUGGAAAAUAAAUAUGUAACGUGGUAUAAUUAAAUAUCUGUUUUCUGACUUUGUGUAAAAGAGUGCUCAAGCCAUUGUAAGUGUGACUCGGGUUUACUGAUUGUUCUGUUUGGGUCUCUGUAGUCCUAUCAAUAUAGGAUAUGACAAUUGUCAUGUAUUCAUGUUUUGUAUCCUGUAUCUUACCACAGUCGACCGAGAUAUGUUCUGUGACGUAUGUUGUUACAGCUGUCACUGCUUACUUCACUGGUCCUGCUUUGCAUCUUUGUUGAAACGGUAUGAAACAGCUGGGGCCGCGUUCCACUUUCAGUUUUCUGAAUUCAAAAGAUAAUUUGUGGUGAGAGCCGACACACGUUUUGGAGAUCCGACUCCUGUGGAGAAAUCCAGCUUGUUGAACGAACUCCUGUGCUAAGAUCUGAACCUGUGCUGAUAUCUGACACUUGUGGCGAGAUCACACUCCUGUGAUGAGAUCCAACUCCUGUGGCGAGAUCCGACUCCUGUGGCGAGAUCCGACACCUGUGUCGAGAUCCGACACCUGUGGUAAGAUCCGACUCCUGUGUCGAGAUCCGACACCUGUGGCGAGAUCCGACACCUGUGGCAAGAUCCGACUCCUGUGGCGAGAUCCAACACCUUUGGCGAGAUCCGACACCUCUGGUGAGAUCCGACUCCUGUGGCAAGAUCCGACUCCUGUGGCAAGAUCAGACACCUGUGGCGAGAUCCAACUCCUGUGGUGAGAUUGGAAACUCAAUGUUCACUGCAGCUCAUGACAUUUGGUGUAUGAUGACGCUUUCAUCUUUCGUUCCCUGCUUGUGUGGGAAGGUGUAACUAUCGCUGAAACAUCCCUGCUUGUGUGGGAAGGGCGUAUCUAUUGGUGGAAAACAUCCCUGCUUGUGUGGGAAGGGCGUAACUAUCGCUGGAACACAUCCCUGCUUGUAUGGGAAGGGCGUAUCUAUCGCUGAAACAUCCCUGCUUGUGUGGGAAGGGCGUAACUAUUGGUGGAAAACAUCCCUGCUUGUGUGGGAAGGGCGUAACUAUCGGUGGAACACAUCCCUGCUUGUGUGGGAAGGGAGUAUCUAUCGGUGGAACACAUCCCUGCUUGUGUGGGAAGGGCGUAACUAUCGGUGGAACACAUCCCUGCUUGUGUGGGAAGGGCGUAACUAUCGGUGGAACACAUCCCUGCUUGUGUGGGAAGGGCGUAACUAUCGGUGGAACACAUCCCUGCUUGUGUGGGGAGGGCGUAACUAUCGGUGGAACACAUCCCUGCUUGUGUGGGAAGGCGUAACUAUCGGUGGAACACAUCCCUGCUUGUGUGGGGAGGGCGUAACUAUCGGUGGAACACCCCUGCUUGUGUAGGGAGGGCGUAACUAUCGCUGGAACACAUCCCUGCAAGAUGAAUGCAGCUAAAUUGUGAUUCUCACCGGGCUCGUGGUGAUUCUCCCAAUCUUGAUGCUCUGUGCUACGAUACAACCAUCAUCCUGCUAGAUCAUGUACCAAUACCAAGUGAUACAAAUAUAUACCAGGUUGACAUGUAAAAUGGUACAUACCAAAAUUGUUACAUAUUAUGUUCCACUUGUGUGCACAAGAGGACUGAAGCCACUGUUGUAUUCUGAAUGUUUUAAUUGGGGUACUAUUUAUUUCUUUGGAAAUUUUCCCUUGAUGUGUCAUAUGUCUUGUUUUCAUGUAUCGUAUUGUUUUAUCAUAUCACAGACUUGACAUUGAGAUACGUAUUGUAUCAUCACAGGGCAUGUCGUUACUAUAAGGGUAAUGCUAUUUUUCAGGGCAUUAUUAUUUGCAGAAGCCUGAGGUCUUACUUCAACAGUAGUAUGAUAAUGCCCUGAAAAAUAGCAUUACUGCUAUCAUAGCUAAAAUGGAUAGAAUUUAUUAUAAAAAAACAACAAUAUCGGUUUUGAAACAUUUAUUGGAAUCAACACAACACGAGUACCACUGAUCCACUUUUACAAAUAUGACGUCAGCUAACAACGGGCGUGAUAAUGGCGUGUAUCAAUCAAUAUGAGGGCAUUAUCAAGUUACAGUGGCCUGCUCAUUUCUGAUAACAUGCGGGCGGUUUAAUGACAAUUCUGUCCAUUUUAGCUUUAAAGCCCCGUACCCAACACGGGCACUGCCUCCGACUGGAGCAUCCGGGUCGACAGGCUCCAGAGGGAGGGAGGUUCUCCUGGGAGGGGAGGGUAACGCCCCAGCAGUGCAGCAUGAGUGUGGAGUGAGCAUUGUAGUGGACACUUUGUUGAGUUAUUUCUGUAGGUAAUGACUGGUGUUAUGGAUGGAUUGUAGUGAAUUGAUCAGUUAUUACAAGUAAUGCCUUAACUAGUGCUCGUCAUAGAAUUGGGAUUUCAGUUAUUGGAAUCACGUCAGAUUUGUCCUUGGUCCUGAAGAUGGGGGGAUCUCACAAGAUGCUGGGUGGGUGGACCGGAUAUGGGAUCUGUACCUACUCAUCACUCAUGGGUGUUUGUUCUGGAGGUCUAGGUGUUGCAAGCACUGGUGAUCUAGGUGUUUGUGCAAGCACUGGUGAUCUAGGUGUUUGUGCAAGCACAGGACAUCUAGGCAUUUGUGCAAGCACUGGUGAUCUAGGUGUUUGUGGAAGCACUGGUAAUCUAGGUGUUUGUGCAAGCACUGGUGAUCUAGGUGUUUGUGCAAGCACUGGUGAUCUAGGUGUUUGUGCAAGCACUGGAGAUCUAGGUGUUUGUGGAAGCACUGGUGAUCUAGGUGUUUGUGGAAGCACUGGUGAUCUAGGUGUUUGUGCAAACACUGGAAUCCUAGAUGUUUGUGUAAGCACUGCAGGUCUGAUCGUUGGAAGCAUUUGGUUUGAUGAUGGCGUUAGCAAGACAUUUCUUUUGUCUGUCCUUGGUCCUCCUAUUCCGAUGUUGGCGUCUGUGACAACGGCCCACUUGCACAAAGCGAUCUUAGCGCUACGACUAUCGUAAGCCUAUGUAAAAGUAUGGGAGUUACGAUAAUCUUGGUGCUACGACUAUCGUAAGCCUAUGUUAAAGUAUGGGAGUUACGAUCAUCUAAGUGCUAAGAUUAUCGUAAGCCUAUGUUAAAGUAUGGGAUCAUCUUAGCACUAAGCUUUGUGCAGGUGGGCCCAGGGCUUCCCCUGAGUAUGGCCUGGUAGACAGUCUUCAUAGUACUAUGUUGUAACCUGCUGUUUUCAUAAUGCUGUCUGAUUUGGUGUUUGGUAGUGCAUGGUACUAUCUCUAUGUCAGGUUCUGGGAUAAGCAAUGAAUAUGUUGUCUGCUCCAGAUCACUGAAAUAAAAGAAAUUAGGAUUUUUUGUUUGUUUGGAUGUAGAUGCUCUGAAGCUGAUACACUUUCUUAAACAAAAGUUGUUGAAACUGUUUAGAAGAUACAAUUAUAUAUAUUAUUUAUAUAACUGUGAGGAAAGUGUUACCAGUUGGAACAUUAAGAGGGUAAGAGGGAGGAUGGUGCUCCUAUAACUACGUGAGUUGAGUCAUUGUUUGAAUAAUGUCAUUAUCUAUAAGUGCUACAGUAUCAUAUCAUUUUCAAAACGAUUCAUUUCAUUCUUUUCACAAUCAUAUUUUCUGAAAGACGACAAAAUUGAUUGUGAUAUGACUGACAAAACACUGCGUUAGAAACGACCCGCUCGUCUUGGUGCAAUUAAGAUAGGGUCACCCAUAUAUCUCCUCAGCCUGGUGCAUGUGUCGCAACAUUUGGUACGGGUUGGCGAUCAGAUUAAAUAGCAGUCUGUAAUAUAUCCUUACCAAAUGUUGAGCACUGUAUAUUUUACUUCUUAAGAUGUUGUCCUUGGACGAGGUAACUAAGGACAGAUUAAUGUGCAAGUGUUCCACCCUGUGCUCGGUAUCAGAAAGUUUUUCAUUGGUUUUGAUCUCAGCCAAUCAAAAGAGUGCUAGAAUCUUACAUUGUCAGAGAUUGGCUCCUGAACUGUGUGAUAGAGAGGUUUGAGCCAAUCAUCUACUGUGUUACAUACUGACUACCAGCUGGGUGUUGUCCCCUGUCUUGUGGUGUGUGGGUGGAGUGAGGCUGUCCCAGGCUGUAAGGCGGAGAUGUACAUAUACAACAAUAAACUUAUGCUAUGUAAAAUA